GGGCCGACAAGACAAUCGACAUUUGCCGUCGCGCUCGCACUAGUGGCACGUAAAAAUAACCUCAAAUUAUAUCGUGAAUAAACUCAAGCAUUACCGUCUUUAAUUAAUUAUUUACUUUAGUGUUACCUUGUGUAAUACAAGGACGAAGUAAAUGACAUAACACGUAACACAAUCAGUAUUUGUUAUUGGUGAAUGUUGGUGCUAGUAUCGAAAUCGAAAGUUUUUCUGACAAUAAUGUUCAUUUUGGUGGGCUGUCGACGGGCAGCCCCCAAAUAUUGUGCCAGUAUGUGGUGGUGUUUAUUUAUAUGUGUUAUGUACACUAAUCUAAUCGGAGUUUUAGGUUCAAAUACAACCGCCGUCGCUCAUAAUGUGUGUACACCGAAACAAUUUCAGUGUGCAAACGGGAUGUGCAUACACAUGUCGUGGGUGUGCGAGGGAGAGGACGACUGUGGCGAUAACUCGGACGAAAAUAUCGAGGAAUGCAAAAAAGAAAGCCGCACGUGUACUUCAUCGGAAUUCAGAUGCAAAACUGGUCGUUGUAUACCAAUGUCAUGGCGGUGCGACAAUGAAAAGGACUGUUCAGAUGGCUCAGACGAAGAACCCGGAACUUGCACCGACCAACGGAAUUGCACAAUACACAACACAUUUAAAUGUGCAAGUGGACACUGUAUUCCCGUGUCCUGGCAAUGUGACGACUCACCAGAUUGUACAGACGGAUCAGAUGAACACAACUGUGAAGUGGAGGUUUGCGGUCCAGAGGAAUUCACUUGCAGAGGUACUCAGGGUGAAUGUGUGCCUCUUACAUGGAUGUGCGACGACAACCUCGAUUGCACUGAUGGGUCAGACGAGAAAGCAUGCAAUGAAACAUGUCGUUCUGAUGAGUUUACCUGUGGUAACGGAAAGUGUAUACAGCAGAGAUGGGUUUGUGAUGGUGAUGAUGAUUGUGGUGAUGGAACUGAUGAAGUAAAGUGUCCGGCGCCGACCUGCCAGCCCGUAAGUCACUUCUCCUGUACUGAUGGACACUGUGUCUCUGCGAGGUGGCGUUGUGAUGGUGACGUAGACUGCCCAGAUGGAAGUGAUGAAAUGGGCUGCGCAUCGACUCCCAGAGUGACAUCGCCCUGCAUAGCCACAGAGUUCGAGUGUCGCGACCGCAUGACCUGUGUCCACAAGGCUUGGGUGUGUGACGGUGACCGCGACUGUCCAGAUGGAGGCGACGAGGACCCUUCUAUCUGUAGAGGGAACUACACUUGCCGGCUCGACCAAUUCCAAUGCAAAGAUCACAGUUGUAUUCCCGGAUCGUUGUAUUGCAAUGGCAAUAAGGAUUGCCCUGAUGGAAGCGAUGAAAUUAAUUGCACAAAACCCAAGCUGAUAUGCGACAAAAAGACCAUGUUUGAUUGCGGCGAUGGCAUGUGUAUACCAAUGUCGAAGCUCUGCGAUGGCAAACCAGAUUGUCCCAACUUUGAAGACGAGCCACGUGAUAGGUGCGGCGAGGACGAGUGUGCGAAGAAUAAUGGCGGAUGUCUACAGAAAUGCGUGAACACACCCGUCGGUUACUACUGCGAUUGUGACAAGGGUUUCAAGCUUGUCGAUAAUAGGACUUGUGAGGAUGUUGACGAGUGCAUGGACCCCGGCGCUUGUUCUCAAAUGUGCAUAAACGAGAAGGGCACAUUCAAGUGCGAAUGCCACGCGGGCUACGCAAGGGAUCCCAGAGACAGGACAAGGUGCAAGGCCACUGAGGGACACCCGUCGCUGCUCUUUGCUCGUCGUUUUGACAUCAGGAAAAUCAGUCUGGAUCACCAUGAGAUGGUCGCGAUUGUGAAUGACACCAAGUCGGCUACAGCCCUCGAUUACGUGUUCAGAACUGGCAUGAUAUUUUGGAGCGACGUCACGGAUGAGAAGAUAUACAAAGCACCAAUCGACGAAGGCAGCCAACGCACAGUUGUGAUUGGGGACCAGCUGAUAACUUCCGAUGGUCUAGCCGUUGACUGGAUCUACAACCAUUUGUAUUGGACUGACACCGGAAAGAAUCACAUUGAGCUAUCGGAUUUACAGGGUAAUAUGAGGAAGAUACUGAUCAGGGACAAGCUGGAGGAACCCAGGGCAAUUGCUCUUAAUCCGCUUGAUGGAUGGAUUUACUGGACCGACUGGGGCCAAACACCAAAAAUCGAGCGAGCUGGUAUGGACGGAUCUCACAGACAGACAAUAGUAUCCUACGAUGUGAAAUGGCCGAAUGGUUUGACUCUCGACUUGGUUCGCAAACGAGUUUAUUGGGUUGACGCUAAACUGAAUACAAUAUCAUCAUGCAACUACGACGGCUCUGCCCGUAGAGUUAUCUUAUACUCGACUGAUGUUCUGCGUCACCCGUUCUCCAUCACAACCUUCGAGGACUUCGUUUACUGGACCGACUGGGACAAGACAGCAGUGUACCGGGCAAACAAGUUCAAUGGAAAGGAUGUUGAAGCCGUUACAUCGACUCACACGCUCCAAAACCCAAUGGUUAUCCAUGUGUACCAUCCGUACCGGCAACCGGAUGGAGUCAACCACUGUGCGGCCGUCAACGGACAUUGCUCUCAUCUGUGCCUCCCCGCGCCCCGGAUCGGACCUAACUCCCCGAAGGUCUCCUGCGCUUGUCCCACAGGACUGCGUCUGCUCCCGGACAAUCAGAUGUGUGUGGAAGACAAUGCAAUAAAACCCGAUGUGGAGGUGCAAAAUUCGUCUAGUGGUUUUGAAAAGACUAAGAUUUUAGAGGAAAAACCUGUUACCAGUGUACCAGAAACUCCUAAGUCUGGUAGUGGAAUCUCAACAAGCGGCCGCGAUGCUGGCGUGGUUGCUGGCAUUGUAGUUGCUGUUAUUACUGGAAUCAUCAUUAUUGCUGCUUUGAUCGCUGUUGUAAUGUACAGGCAUUACGUUCAUCGCAACGUGACUUCCAUGAACUUCGACAAUCCUGUAUAUCGUAAGACAACUGAGAACCAAUUUGCCCUAGAGCAGAAUGGAUAUGCCCCCGGCAGCAAACUAUACCCGAGUACGGUGGGCGAAGAGGCCCAAGAACCGCUCAAUUCUCCCGGCACAAAUGAGUUCGUAUAGCGUCCGUACUGGCAGCCAAUAUCUUAGUAUAUCGUUAGAUGUGAAAAGAAAAAAACGGACGUGUUAUAUAUAGUGCAACCAGUGAAUAGUGAAUAGUGCGUGAACAAAGUUCUCUGAGGAAAAUUAUCGCAGGGAAUUGGGAAAGUGGUUGCUAUUCGUUAUAUUAUAGUAAUUUAAUGCGUAUUAAUGAAUUGUGUGUUUUAUUGUCAUCCAUUAUUGUAAAAUGUGAUAAUUUUAACCGCCUCUGGGAAAUCGUUUGAUGACUUUUUUGUGGCUUAUUUAAUCCCUGGUAUGUUUUUGAAAUUCGGUUCGAUUAUAUAAAAUAUCGGCGCUCAAUUCAUCAUGACAUUACAAUACAUUAAUAUGUAGUGAAAUUCGAAAAGCUUAAUUAUAUAUUUUAUCGAUGGUUCGAAUCUUAAUGUAUUUAAUUUAUAGAAUGUACUUAGAUGGUUCUAAUUUUAUAUCUUGUGCAGCUUUAUACAGCUUAUUUAAAUUUUUUAUAUUCAUUUAAUUUAUUACGAGGAAUUGUUUAUUACAGAGAUAUAUUGUAUAUAAUUAUUUGAUGGUUUGGUGAUGUAAACAAAUGUUUCGGCAGCAAAUUCAUAUCACAAUUCUGUUUCUAAAGUGAAAUAGUUUUAAGAAAAAAAAUAUUUGUUUACAUUACCAUUUUACCAGAGAUUAUGUAAAAGGCAAAGAUAUUAUAAUGUGCCAAUCCUAAUAAAACCAAAUGUUUUAUCUCUAUUGAGCUUGCUUUCUAUUUUCAAAUUUUACCUAUAAGUAGAUUGUUUAUUUAAAUCGAAAUUUUCUUAUAUCUUUCUAGGAAAUUCCUGCCAAACCUCUUAGUUAUUGUAACUAUUAAUGUAAUUUAAUUACAUGGAAAUCUUGCACAUUUCGUAUUAUACGCCUAGCUCAAUAAGUGUGGUCACUGAAAUAUGUAAAUAAUAUCAAUAAAUAUGUAAAAUGUGUUAAAAGUU